AUGACAUCACUUGCUGAAGAUGGCAUACCAAAAAUUUUUGAUCAUUUUGCUUUACCAAAUAUUGAAACUGAUGCAGCUAAAAUCACUGAUUUGUUUAUCAUUAAUUUUGAUAAACCAAAAAUUAAAACUAAAUUUAUGGAUAAAUUUGGUAUUGAUGUUGAGUUAAAAAUACCAUUAGUAUCAAUACAUGGUGAUAUAACGGUAGAUUUAUUUAUUGUAACAUACAAAGGAACAUUUAACUUAGAAUUAAAAAAUCUUGAAAUAUUAAUGGAUGUAAAAAUAAGUAAAGAAUUAAAUGCUAAUGAAACAAAUAUAAAUGUUACCCGUUGUGAGAUAACAAAAAAUUUUGCUAACAUUGUAUUUUUUGGUGAAGAUAGUACAAAUUUAUUAGGUGUUAAAGAUGUAAUUAUUAAGAAUGUUGAAGAAAAAGUUACAAAUACAGUAUGUGGAUUAGCUUAUAUGAUAAAAGGUUUCUUGGAUGAACAAAGUAUUAAUGCAACUAUUAAAAGAGAACGUUCAAUGAUAAAAAAUGAUAAUAGUGAUGAGGAAUCUUUUCAAGAUUCUUUAUGUUCAAUCAAUGACAUUGAGGAGGAGAACAUAAUGAUUAAUGAUAAUGUUGAUGAUGAUAAUAAAACAAAUCCAUUUAAACCUUCUGAUUGGGGUGUAGAUAUAUCUUUAAGAUAUCCACCAACAUUCUCCAAUAAAGAUGUCAUUUUUGGUAUUGAUGGUGGAAUUUUAUAUUUAGGUGAUAGUGCAAGUAAUGUGACACGACCUAAAACAUUAAAUAUUUCAAUACCAAAAGAUCAAAUGAUAAGUUUUAUUAUUACAGAUUAUGUUCCAAAUACAUUUUUUGAACAUAUUCAUAAUAAUGGAUUUUUAGUUUUUGAAGAAUAUAUAACAUCCCGUAAUUCACCUAAAUAUAUGAGAAAAAUGCUAGAAACAUUUUGUAAGACUUGUAAACUUGUUUUGUCGGCAAAUUUGACAAAAAAACCAGAAAUAAAAAUAACAAAACGCGGCAUCUUGUUAAAACUUUCUGGUAAUUUUGGAGUGUACUUUAGUAGGAAUGAUGAAAGAAAUGACAUAUUGUCAUCGGACAUCUCCUUUGAAACAACAAUCCGCCCCCAUAUAAGACAUUCAAGAAUUUUUGGUGAAGUUUCAUUGACAGCUGUUGAAAUUAAUAUAAAUAGUAUUGGUAUGAAUGGAAUGUUAGCAAAUGGCAUUAGAAAGGUACUUAAUUUUAUGAUACCUAAAACCAUCUGGCCAACACUUAAAAAAAGACUACGUUUUGCAAUUAAUAAACGAGGAAUCAAACUACCUGUUAUUUGUGGUGUAGAAUUAGAAAAAUUACAUGUAGAUUAUCAGGAUCAUACAACAAUUAUUAGUUCAGAUUUCUCAUUUGAUUUACCACAUUUUUUGAGAGCUUUCAAGAGGUAUAUGAAAAAUAGGGUGCAGCAAAAGAUUAAAAGAAAUCAAAAAUUUGAUGACAUAGCUACAUUUUCUAGUACAUCAUCAGCACCUAUUUUCAACUUCGACACUGAAAUACAAAAGUUAAUGAUUUUCCCGCCCUUCAAAUGGUCGAUUAUACUCUAA